GCCGAACUAUUGAUUCAACAACAGACACAAAAUAGCAUCCUUUAGCAAACGGCAAGAUAGUUUAUUAGGAAUAGCAUUCCGAAGGGACUCCUCCUUCAUCCUAGGCUGACACCAAAAUUCGGUAUGCAAUCAACUAACUACAUAUAUAAUCCAUCGACUGAAUCAUUGCCGCCCUUGGAGAUCUUGAUUAAAGACCUGCCCUGUGCCAUCAAAAGUGUUCGGGCUGCCGGUUGGGCAACAACAUUCACUAUACACCGAGCCCGUCUUUGGCUAUUCUCCACCUUGCCGACUGCGUCUUUCAGGAAAGGCACUCAUCAAUCAGGCCUCUCAACAAAAUCGGUGGCACAACUCAAGAACCCGGACAGCAACUCAAUUCCACCGCCGCAGGCCUACACCUCGCCACACCUUCCAAGCCGCACUUCCUCGUCCCGUUGCCAACCGGCCAGCAAAUACCCAGUCACGCCAGUCACCCGUUAUCAGUCGGAUCACCGGGUACAAGAGACCCUGCCUUGCCUGCCUGUUUUGGGCGUGGCAAGAAUGCAUGCCCAGCUGUCCAGCUCGCCCGGGGUUUGGGUCUUUGGUCGCUCUAGCCCUUCUGUACAGAGUCAAUGCAUUGCAUGCAGAGUACCCUGUUCUGCCUGCAGUAACUAAAUGUGCUGCUCAUCUAUGUAGGGUUGCUGUCGACCAAAAGGACAAUUCCUGCCUUGGCACAGCUGCAUAUGAUUUAAGGUAGCUUGGGUCAACCACCCAACAAUCUCUUUGCCUCUCGACAACAGCGCACCA